ACAUAACCUCGCUUAUUCCGUGCUUUUGAAUAGUCUUGGAAAUAAUUACCAUUUGACCAUGAAGAGGUUUUGACAUUGAAUAAUGUUUUUAUCAGUUCAUUUUUUCCUUCAAAAAACCUCAAAGACUUGUGAGUUUUAAAUAAAUUCUUAAUCAAGUUCAUUACUAUUCAUAGCUUUUGUUUUUAAUCGUGAUCAAAUACAACCAGAAUCUCAAAUGUCUUAGGAUGCUAAGAACUGUUUCUAGUCUUCAUUUAUCCGAGAUCCACCAGUUACUCAGAAAUAAUGCAAAUAUUUUUCGAAGUUCCUCCUUGGUCCACCACUGCUCCUGUCUGUCGAGGUCCAGGGUUUCAAAUCCACAUGAAGAUGGUAAUAUAUCAAGUGCUAAAUCCAACCUAACUCUACCAGGAGGCUUGAAGCUACACUACUCAGAUCUCAGUUCAACCAGACCAAGUGAUGGAAAGCUUCCGGCUGCACAGUUCAAGAUAGGCAGCAUCGCAUCCCAUCUUGUGGAAAAUUCAAAUAGUUUUAUCAAGCCCUAUCUUAAACUAAUGAGGGUUGAUCGGCCCAUCGGUUCCUGGUUAUUAUUUUGGCCUGGUGGUUGGAGUAUUGCCCUUGCUGCAGCCCCUGGUUCUUUGCCUGAUUUUACUCUUUUGGCUCUUUUUGGCCUUGGUGCAGUCACAAUGAGAGGAGCUGGUUGCACCAUCAAUGACAUGUGGGAUAAAGAUAUCGAUGCAAAAGUCAGUCGAACGAAAGAUAGACCUCUUGUACAAGGACAGAUCUCUCAGUUGGAUGCACUUGUAUUUCUUGGAGGCCAGCUAGGAGUGGGACUUCUUAUCCUGCUUCAGUUGAAUUUGUACAGUAUUGUCCUUGGAGCUUCUUCUCUAGCACUUGUGAUUAGUUAUCCACUGAUGAAGAGGAUAACGAACUGGCCUCAACUGGUCCUCGGAAUGACUUUCAACUGGGGCGCACUUUUAGGUUUUUCAGCUGUGCAGGGCUCUUGUGAUUGGUUCCUUUGCCUUCCCCUCUAUGUAGCAGGUGUUUGUUGGACUGUGAUCUAUGAUACCAUUUAUGCCCAUCAGGACGUACGCGAUGAUCUACAGUUAGGUCUCAAAUCAACAGCCAUCUAUUUUGGAGACAACACGCAAAAAUGGUUAAGUGGGUUUUCUGUACUUAUGUUGUCUAACCUAGCUCUUUGUGGUCUGCAGUGUGACCAAACGUGGCCCUACUAUCUUUCACUUUCCUUGAUUGGAGCUCAUCUUGCCAGACAGAUUUACACUCUAGAUAUUCAAAAUGGUCCUGAAUGUCAAAGAAAAUUUGUCUCAAACCACCAAGUAGGAUUAAUUUUAUUUUUAGGAAUUGUUAUUGGAAACCUCUUGAGGUCAAAACCAAAGUCUAUACAAGAAUUAAGCCUUGAUACUGUCAGACAGUGAAGUCGGAAUUUACUAGUCUUCAAUUGGGUUAUUAACUAAGUUUAUUUGUUACCAGUGAACGUUCCCGAACGUUGAAUAAAUUUAAUAUCUUAAAUGUAAUUUCUUGUUGAAUUUUUGGUCUCAAUCUUUUUUGAAAAAGUCUACCAAAACACAGACAGGGGACUAUGGCUUUAAUGUUCGACUUUAAUUUAAGUUCAGUGUGAAUUAUUCAUGUUGAAAAAAAAUGCCAUAAAUUAGCCAAAGGUGUUUUGAAAAUAUGGUUAUAGUAUCUGUACAUUUCCAAAAAGGCUCAAGUGCUUCUGUUGAAAAAUGCAACAUUACUUGGUCUACAGAGAUCCUUUAUUCGACAGCUCCUAAAGCAAGGUGAAUUACAAAAAUCACUUUUUAUAUCAAGUGGCAACACAUUUUGAAAUAUUAUGUAUAAAAAAGGACCACAUAUUUUGCACUCUUUAAUAGUGCUUUAAAUAUGCAUUGUCUAAAAAAAACAAGAGUGGAGAUUUGUAACGGUUUUUAUUCUAACAGAAGAAAAAGUACCUAGUUGUAAAGAAAACAAAUCACGCUGUGCAAAAACUGCCAAUGUCCAUUUUUCCUGUCUUGAGGUAUUUUUGAUUGAUAGUACUUUACCAUAAGAUAAAACCAAGAAGGCGGUGUAAAGACUCAUUUUGUGGUUAUUUCAGUCCCAGAACAAGCCCUUACACCACAUCAAGAUUGCAUUGACUCUUGGAAAGUAUCAAUAACAAAAAUAAACUCAAACCUAACAAAAUAGAUUUUAGCAGAUUAUGCACAACGUGAUUCAAUUGUUAUUAAGUACCCUUUAAAUUGAAAGCAUUCUAAGACUUAAUCCCUCUCUGAAACAAAUGUUCUAUGGAUUCUAAGAUUUGAUAAAGUUUACUUUUUUUUGUGAGGAAAUGUUCGUUACAUUAUUUUUUUAGUAUUUAUUGGUCUUUGAUCUACUGGUGUGAAAUGUUGCUCAGACUCAGAUACCUGUGCUCUUUGCUGAUAAAUGUCCCCCAAAAAAAGAAAAUACACUUUUUGAGUGAUUAGCAAAA